CAGUCAUUCGUGUCGCCGGCUUCUUACGGAGCAGAUCGGAAGUUUCGGUUACGGAUUGCGGACUAUAUAGUAUAUACUGCGGGCGCAAGGAUUACGCGAUUAGGAUACGCGAUGAGGCAGCUGCUAGUUUACGCGUUGAUCAGCGGACUGUUUUACUUUUCCGAAGGCAAACCCUGCCCCGAAAAGACACGCCCCCACAAAACCCGCUGCGACGCCUUCUACAAGUGCCGGGAACUGCCCUCCAACUCGCAUGUUUGGAUUCCGGUGAAAUGCAACGAAGGACUGGUCUACGAGUCCAGUCUGGGCAGCUGCGUCCUGCCCGGCGAGGAUUGGGAGUGCCUCACACCCAGUGAAAUGAGCUCCACUCAAUCUCCUCCAAAGCAAGAUGCGGACAUUUUGAUAGUCAACGACAUGGAUGAGGCGGGUUUACUGCUGAGCGAGUCCAGCCACAAAGACGAUGGCACCGUGGAAAUUGUCCUUGAUUCCACUCUAAGUAGCGAGGAGGAUCAGGAGGUGGCCAAGAGGAAACCCACUUCGGAUGAGGACAUGUCCACCAGUCACAACUUCGACUCCAGCGGCGAUGGCGAACUGGUGGAGCUGGAUUCUCCGACUGCUUUGAAACCUGAGAAUCGCGAGGAGGUCACCCCCAGCGAUGUGGAGCACCGAACAGAAGUGGAAAAACUAAAAACAGAACUCAAUCAGGUGGCUGGCAUUAGUGAAAUUGCCAAACCAGGAUCACCCAUCGAUCCCAAUCUCACAGCUCAUCUGCAGAGAUUAUCCCAACUGAUUGAUGGACUGCAGCAGACAUACCAAAAAACAGACAAGCCCCAGGCGGAAAUGCGUCCGGAUCAGUUGAAUGCCUUCUUGGCUCACUUUGAUAUCAAGAAUCGCUAUGAGAUGAUGAACCCCAUGGAUCAGACCUCUCAGAGCACCACCAUUGCAACUACUAGUACCACAGAGGCACCCAAAACCACGCCAAAACUACCAGAACCACAUUCGAAUAAGACCCGCCUGCAGGAGCACCUAAGUCACCAUCGCCUGGAACCGGAAACCAAACUGAUGCUGAGCAAUGCCCUGCCCUAUUCCUCGCAUGGAACCACUGGUCAGGGCUAUGCCAACUCCCAGAUAGUGGUGAAUCGUCCCGAGGGCUCUGUGAUGUUUGCCCUGCCCUCCGGUUUCGGAAUGAGUCAGGAACAGGGUGGGGGUGCCUACUCCAACCGUCAUCCCGUUCAGAGUCACGAGUACAGCGACCAUGAGCCCAAGAUAUCAGAGGAUACCCUGAAGACUGUUCUGGAGCUAUCCAAGCAAAUGAUAGCAGCCCAAAACUUGCCCAAAGUGCUGCCUAAUCCGGGCUUCAAUGGAGCCUACUAUCAACCGAUUCUGCAGCCUCUUUUUGUGUCCCCCCAAGGCAACCCCUUCCAGCAAUACUAUGGCAUGCCACCUCCUCUGACACCCAACUAUAACUAUAUGCAGCACAAGAAGCAUUCAUCUGGGGGAGGAAGUUCCUCCAACAAUGGCUAUAACAAACCUAGCACUACCAUCAUUCACAACAAUGUGAUACCCGUGCACUUAUCCAGCACCAGUUCGGGUGAAAAGGAGGUAUUGGAUACAUAUGGCAAUAGCUUGGGGGUAUAUCCCAGUAUGGAUAAGCAUGUGACCGCCAGUCAAGCCAAUGGAGUAGAGUAUAUGACCACGGGAAGACCUAUUUCGGUUACCCCUACACCAAGUACCUACUCCUCACAGUAUGGAUCCCAGUCCCCGUUCGCCAGCGAUUAUACCCUGACCACUCCCCGACCCUUCGAGCAUCAACCCUCAACCGCCACAGUGGCCACCUACUACACUCCAAGUCCCCAUUUGGGUGAGCACAAUGCCAAUAGGGUGUACCAACCCACAGAAUCCUAUCCCACAAUGAAUAUGCCAAGACCCAUGGAUCUGUUUCCGGGACAAAUCGAUGCGGAUAGGGUGAACAUUCGGCCCAAUUCGCAGAAAAUCGAAAGUAUGGAGAUGGAUGAAGAUAUGAUUAAGGCGAACUAUCAGAGUGGCUCUGGAAAUGGGAAUGGGAAUGAUAAUGGGAACACUCUUCCUCACGUACUGACCUACAGCAGCGACAUGAGCCAGCAAUUAGCACCUGGCAAUGGCUAUCUGGAGCAGAGUUAUAGCCAUCAGCAACAUCAGCAGCAUCAGCAGCACCACCAUCAUCCAUAUAUGCCCAGGCCCACGAUGAGCAGUAGUAUUUAUAGCGAUUCGGAUGGCAAUAUGGAGAUGAGCAUGUUUACCAGUGGUCCAAAUAUAAAUCCCUUCAAGGGGGAUAGCCUAAAGUACCCGGGUAGUGCAAGCACCCCAGCCAAUGGUCAGUUGGUAAACUUCAAUGGCAAUUUCAUCAGCCUAGAUGUCUUCCAGAAAUCCAUACUCCCACUGAUGACCAAGUCACCUUCUGCCCUAAAUGAACUGGGCAAUGUAGAGGUCAUCACCUGUCAGGCGGGUGUUAGGCAACCGAAUAUAACGGAUUGCACGCGAUAUUUCGUUUGCAGCAAAAAGGAUGGCAAGGUCCUUUCGUACUCCUGUCCACCCUACACGGGUUUCAAUAAGCAAACUCGGAUCUGCGAUGCCCCCACAUAUGCCCAGUGUAGUAAUGUGCUGCCUGCCUUCGGUGGCUAUACCAUAGAUAGCAAUAGACGCCUCCAGAUGGAGGCCAUCAAGAUGCUGAGUGAGGCCAAGAGAAGGCAGGAGGCUGCCCUGAAGGCCCAGAGUAUAGCCAAUCUGCUCCAGCAAUAUGGUAGCACUCAGCAGGCAGCACCAACUGGAAUCUCGUCGAACAUAGAAGCGGAUCCCUUGGACUCCUAUGUGGUAAACCUGCCGGAUAUAAGUUUGGCCACCACCACCACCACCACCAGCAGACCCACCAUCAUCCAAAGCAACAAUGGUUUGAUUGGUGGUUCCUCGGGUUCCUCGGCAAAGAAGAGGAAGUACUACUGCAAGGAGGGCGACAAAAUCCCCGAUCAGACCUCCAUAUCCAGCUACUUUGUGUGCUACAAGAAUGCCCAGGGCCAGAUGAAGGGCCACAAGAUGAGCUGCUCCAAGAGCCUGCUCUUCUGCCCCAAAACCCUAAUGUGCACACUCGCCUCAAAAUGUACGGACUAA